AUGGACCCCAACUGGCAGCAGUAUCACGACCCGGCCGGGGCUUCCUCGCGCCGUCACAAUGGCACAACGCAAAUGUCUCCGCCCUCUGCUACCCAACAGCAGCACCCGCCGGCUGCCGCCUACGCUUACGACCAGUAUCAUCCCGCGGCCGCCGUCCCCCCGGCUGCUGCUGCUGCUCCUGCCGUCCACCACGGAAACCCCGUCGCCGGUCAGCCUCGCGACGGAAACGGCGACGUUGCCAUGCGCGACGCCAUCGACUCCCAUGCCGGCAUAAAGUACGCCAUGAGGCCACACCACCAGCCGCACAUGUCUGGUGGUCGUACCGCCGCCCUACACUCGCCUCAUGACCAACCAUCGUCGGCCGCUCAGCGCUACUCCCCAAUGGAGACGCUCUCACCCACUUCACCGUACGGUACCGCCAAGCAGAGCCAAUUUGCUGGCCCGCCAUCCCAGACGCACUCUCCCGCGGGCGCCUCUGAAUAUCCCCAGAGUCCUUACUACGCUGGUCGUCCCCAAAACGCGCAGCUGCCACCCAUGUCGCCCUAUGGCCCCGGCGCCGCCGAUGGUUAUCCCUCCGCGACGGUGGCUCAUCUCGAUGGCACUUUCAACUCCAAGUCGCCACAACGAACCAGUGUCCCGAUCGUCAAGCGUGUCCCCGAGUUUCGCAAGUUGCGCGCCGUCUCGGAUCUGCAGCCAAAGAACAAUCGCCAGCCAGCCUUCCGACGCGCAAAUCCCGAAGGCGGCUUUAUCAGCCCCCUCCAAGCGCUCACAGCCCAUCUCCCUGCGACCUAUCGGAUCUGCAACCCUAGCUUCAAGUACGAAACGUCACGAAACCCUCGCAGAGUCUUGACCAAGCCUAGCAAGGGCGUAAAAAAUGAUGGCUAUGACAACGAGGACAGCGAUUACAUUCUAUACGUCAAUGAUAUUCUAGGCUCCGAGGAAGCUGGCCACAAGUAUGAUGACUUCCCUCCCCACCUCUUCGAAAUGCACUUGAACCGCUACCUCAUUCUCGAUGUCCUCGGCCAGGGAACGUUUGGACAGGUCGUGAAAUGUCAGAAUCUCAAGACGCAAGAAGUCGUCGCUGUCAAGGUUAUCAAGAACAGAACGGCCUACUUUAACCAGAGUAUGAUGGAAGUCUCAGUCCUGGACUUGCUCAACACCAAACUUGACAAAAAUGACGAUCACCACCUCCUGCGGCUGAAGGAUACCUUCAUUCAUCGUCAACAUCUCUGUCUUGUCUUUGAACUGCUUAGUGUCAACUUGUACGAACUCAUCAAGCAGAAUCAAUUCCGUGGCCUCAGCACGACUUUGGUUAGAGUCUUCGCACAACAGCUGCUCAACGGACUUGCCCUACUCAACAAGGCCCGACUUAUCCAUUGCGACUUGAAGCCCGAAAAUAUUUUGCUAAAGAAUCUGGAGAGCCCAAUAAUCAAGAUUAUUGAUUUUGGCUCCGCCUGCGAUGAACGACAGACUGUCUAUACAUACAUCCAAUCGAGGUUUUACCGAUGCCCCGAGGUUCUUCUUGGACUACCAUACUCAUCAGCUAUCGACAUAUGGUCUUUGGGCUGCAUUCUGGUGGAACUCUUCCUAGGUCUGCCCUUGUUUCCCGGCUCCUCCGAAUACAACCAAGUCUCCCGCAUCGUGGAGAUGCUUGGAAACCCUCCCGGCUGGAUGUUGGAAAUGGGUAAACAAUCCGGUGACUUCUUUGAGAAGCGCCAGGAUGAGUUUGGUCGUCGCACUUACCAGCUGAAGAGUAUGGAGCAGUACGCUCGGGAGCGCAACACAAAAGAGCAGCCGAGCAAGAAAUACUUCCAAGCUAGCACGCUCCCGGAGAUUAUUAAAUCCUAUCCGAUGCCGAGAAAGAAUAUGAAGCAGAGCGAAAUCGACCGAGGUGAGAUGCACCCUUGCAAACUACUCUACACUGAGCUGACAACAAUAGAAAUGAAUAACCGAAUUGCCUUUAUCGAUUUCGUGCGGGGUCUGCUCAGCAUCAAUCCCCUCGAGCGAUGGUCACCGCAGCAGGCCAAGCUCCAUCCGUUUAUCACGCAGCAAAAGUACACUGGCCCUUUUGUGCCGCCGAUGAAUUUGAAGUCUAGUUCUCUGAACAGAUCACCAGCGCCAGGGACGCACCAACAGCAACAAGCUGAAGCCCUCAGCAAGCAGCGUGCUCAGGCUGCUCAGGCUCAAGCUCAGGCCACCACCGCCGCGCAAGGACCGGCCUACGCCAAUAUGCCACCCGGCAAUUAUGCGCAAGCCAGCCACCAGCAAGCUCCGAUAUAUGGAAACAACCCCAUCUAUGCACCAGGACCAGCCGCACACGGAAAUGUUGCUCCAGCAUACGCCCCCCAAGGGUCGCAGUACAACCCGAUGGUCAUCCAGCAGUCUGCUCAGCCUCAACAGCUGGCUCCAGGACCUUAUGGUAUUGUUCAGCAGCAAAGUAUGUAUCCCCAGGGAGGCAUGCGAACCAACAGACAGCGCGCCUCGACCAUGGAGCAGCAGCAGAGUGGCAUCCCUGCUGCUAUCCAGCGCGUCGCCAGCCAUCUGGACCCCACCCAACCAAUUCGAUUGCAGCCGAGCCCUGCCUACUAUCCCCCACCUGGUGAGAUGAUGCCCGGCACCGAUAAUGCCCCCCGAAGUGGACGCCGCGGCAGUCGUGCACAGCAGGGGCGAAGCAAUCGUGACUUUAUCCGCAAUCUGGAAGAGAGAACCCUCGAAGAAGGCUACACCGGUGGCCAGAACCCAUGGCAUUGA